AUGAAAGUGCCAUUCGCACUUGCACUCGUAGCUUCAUCAUCGACAACCUUCGUCAAUGGGGCCGGUCUGACAGGUAAAGACUCUCUGAAACCUGAGAGUAAAGUAGCUAGGAAUGUAUUGGAAGGUAAAUCAGAGGGAUAUUGCAGUCCAUCAGGCCCUAUCGAAUCUACUCACUGCUUAUACGAGACCGUCGAAUCCCUGAAUAAGAAACUCUUCCCCACGAUACACGAACUUGUCUCAUACCCCUUUUUCAAGCAUUACAAGGUGGAUUUGUACAAGGAGUGUCCGUUUUGGCACGAAAAUGGUUUUUGCAUGAAUAGGAAUUGUGGAGUCGAGGAGGCUAAUGAGGAUGAUAUACCUGAGAAAUGGAGGGCGAGGGCUUUAUCAGAAAUAAAAGUUUCUUCUGCAGGGGACGAGGGAGUAUCAGGAUGUUAUUUCAAAGAACAAGAUUUCUGUUAUGUUGAAGAUGAUGCCGAUCAGAAUGGCCAAUAUAUCGACCUUACCCUAAACCCCGAACGAUUCACAGGUUAUGCCGGUGAUUCGGCGCAUAACGUCUGGCGAGCGAUAUAUGAAGAAAACUGUUUUGGCUUAUCCGAAGCUUCCUUAUCGUCGUCGUCGUCGUCCGAGAAGACAACGAAAAUUGCAGAUACUGUCCUUGGUGCAGGGGGAAUAUCGAAAAGCAAUGAUGAGCAGGUUCCAGGUUGGGGUUUCAGCAAAUUGAGUGAAGGGUGGGGUACAGAGAUGGUCAAACAUCCUUCGGCGGCCGGUGCGGGUGAAGUAGAAUUGUGCGAGGAGAAGAAAGUCUAUUAUAGGGUUGUCUCUGGCCUCCACGCAUCUAUCUCCAUUCACAUCUGCGCCGACUACCUUGACCAAUCGACAGGCGAAUGGUCACCCAAUCUAGAAUGUUUCAUCCAACGCCUGGCCACCCACCCCGAGCGACUAUCCAAUGUCUACUUCAACGCGGUUUUACUUCUGCGAGCUGUAGCUAGGGCAGCACCAUACCUUCGUGCUUAUGAUAUCGCCACUGCACCUACGAACGGACUCGGUGUCAAAUCAGGUAGGGAGAGUGAUCGAUUGUCGAGACAGAAAUUCAACGAGAUUUUGGAUUUGGCAAGUCAAGAUGAGAUGAAUAAAGGGUUCGAUGAGGGUGAUUUCUUCAGGAGUGAAGAUGCACCUAUUCUCAAAGAACAGUUCAAGACUCAUUUCAGGAACGUAUCAAGGAUCAUGGAUUGUGUAGGAUGUGAUAAAUGUAGAUUAUGGGGUAAAUUGCAAGUAUCGGGUAUAGGUACUGCUUUGAAGAUCCUCUUUGAACUAGAUGACAAAGCUUUAGACCCAAAGAUCAACCCUGACUUACUCCAGCGUUCAGAGGUAGUAGCGCUCUUCAAUACCCUGCAUCGAAUUAGCGAAUCGUUAGCUGCAGUAGAAGAGUUCAGGCAGAUUUACGCUGCCCAUCAAAAAGAGGAGGAAGAGGGAAGUAAGAGGAAGAUCAAGCAGAUAGAGGGAAGUGCGAAUGAGACAGACACAACGUCAUCGACAUCGACGAUAUCGACCAUACUGGCUGUCGUUCUGACCGCGUUCGAAGGGUUCAGGCGGACAUGUAAGGGCUGUUUAGAUACUAUACAGAGUGAAGGGAUUGGUCAGGUGAUGCAUAGACUGAGAGAAUGGGUAGGUGGUGUAGGGAAAGGUGAUUUGUAA